AGGGACGUCAGGUGACACCGAGGAUGGCGACCUCCCAGAAGCUGAGAGAACACUUCCUGACAUGUACAAUCUGUACAGAGGUGUUUGUCAAUCCCUGUACACUUGUGUGUUAUCACACCUUCUGUCGGAAAUGUGUCGUCAACUACACCAAAACAAGACCAGAAGCCAUUAGCGCCAAGUCUCUCAUCUGCCCAUUCUGCAGCAAGUUGACGAAAGUACCUGAGCCUGAGAGACCAGUGGAGGAGUGGGCGCAUGACGUCAAGCCUAGCUUUGUCAUGCAGGGUCUCUUGGAUUCGUUUGGUCCAGCAUCUAAAGAUACAACCUACUGUGCGUACUGUAAAGAGGACGGGGAGACAACUCCAGCUGCUGUUUGGUGCUCGGUCUGUGAUGACGCACUCUGUGAGAAAUGUGUCAGGGUACACAGUCGCAUCCCAUCUACUCGUCACCAUGACGUCACUGACCUGUGUGGGGAGGUCAAGGUCCAAAGAAUGCGUAAAGUGAUGUGUGACGAACACAAACAGGAAUGCAUAGAAUUUGUAUGUAAGGAUUGCAGGAAGGCGGUGUGUCACAAAUGUUGCACCUUACAUCACAGAAAAUGUGAUUUAGUUGUCACAAUCGAAUCAGAGAUAUUGCCAAUGAAAACAGAACUGACGAAGAAGAAAGAGACUUUAUCAAAGAAGCAAGAAGACACGAAAGCCAAAACGGAUGAAUUGAAAUCGAUAUUAAAUAAAGAAGCAUCUCGAUAUGCACAAAUGGAGGAAGACAUCAUGUCUAUAACACAGAAAGCCAUAGAGCAGAUCAAGCUUAAGGAAAGAAAACUUCUGGAUGAUCUGAAAGAAAUGUCAGACAGACACAUUGGACAAUUGAAAGCACACAUUAAGUCAAGAGAGUUGUCACAGGAGAUGUGCCAACAAGAGGCUGAGUUAAUAGACCAGGCUCUACAAUCUGAGUGUGACAUGGAUGUGUAUGAGAUGCAUCGGGGAUAUGAGGCAGGUGAUGUGGAGGCUGUCGGAGAGUUGGGUCUGGCAGAAAGAGAUAGAAUAGCCAGAGUCACAUUCAGACAUGACAUGGAGAAGCUGAGUAAAACACUGGGCGAGCUACAGCUGGGCGAGUUAGACGUCCUGUAUGAAGGUGUAGUGGACCUGAAGGGUGAUCCUGUGUUACAAGACACCAUUAACGUAAGAAUAGCAGGAGACAGAUAUGCAGCAUGGGUCGGUGACGUGACAGUGAUUGAAGUGGAUGGUACAGAUACAGUAGUAGUCACAGACAUCAACAACAACAGUGUGAAGUCCUUCUACACCAGGAACAAUCAGCUUUGUCACAGUAGGCUCAGUCUGAGCAGAAGCCCCCACAGUUUGUCCAAGCUGAUACAAAAUCAGCUGGCUGUCACCGUGCCAGGUAUGAAACAGAUUGUAACAGUGGAAGCCAACCCUGACCUGGAGCUGCUGUCAACCAUCACAACCAGCAAACAGUACUGGGGUUUAACAUAUCUGACUCCGUCAACACUAGCAGCAAGUUCUCAGUCUCCUCCCUGUGUAGAUAUCCUAGAUGUGACAGGAACCGUGUUGAGGUCAUUCAGUCCACUCCACAAUGGUAACAACAUGUUAAAGUAUCCCACCUACCUUUGUACCACGAGAACAGGAAACAUUUUGGUGACUGACCAGGGAUCCAAGUGUGUGGUGUGUGUGACCCCCGGAGGAGAUGUGGUGUUCACCUUCAGACCUACUGGAGUCAAAGCACCGGAGAAUCCACGUGGUGUCACGAGUACCAGCACAGGUGACAUCCUGGUUACAGACGUCUCUCUACACAGAGUCAUCCAUUUGACUGAGUCAGGACAGUUUGUUAGAAACAUACUGACUUCUGAGGACGGUAUUGAAGAACCAAUAGGGGUUGAUGUAGAUGGUCGUCGGCGGAUGUAUGUUGGUCUGUAUUAUCAAGGUGUUGUGAUGACGUACAUGAGUUGACAGUGAACAUGGCAAAUGCUUAUCAACCUUGAAUCGUGCGGAUGGACUAAAUGCAAACUAAACAUGAGUGUAAUGAGAAUUAUAAAACAUUGCUCCAUCAUUAAAAAAACAUAAAACCUUCCACACGUAGGUGUUGUUUGAUUGCCAUUGCUUCUGUAAUUGUUCUCUACUGAAAUUCCGGGAUACAAUUUAUUUCCGGCAACAUAUGUUUGUCCUCAUAGGCAGCUG